AUGGAAACAUUUAAUCACAUAAACCUUCGCAUCAAGAAGGUGAAGAAUGACGACCUUGUGCAAGCCUUGCGGGGUCAGAAGAUCCCUCGAGCCCUUGGUGAGGAGAGAACAAGAAGAUGUGUAAUUCGUGGUAUCCGAUAUCAUCAUGGCUUCGGGACUGAGCUCCAUGGGCUCCUUCCGGAAUUCACUCGUGCCCUCAAUGCACGAAGUAUCAUGAGCAAUGUAAUACCUGAUAUGAACCCGGAAUGCCCAGAAGAGUUUCCAUACUGUAUCUGGCAUCCCGAUACAGCGUCAGAGGCAACUUAUCGCGAGUUAGCCAAGCGGUACCCUCAUAUGAAGUACUUGGCUGGUCGUGCAUGUGCUGUGGCAGGUUAUACUGAUCUUUUUCACGAAUUGGAUCUGCUGCCUGAAUGUCAUAUUGCUGAGGAAGCACGUGAGAGCGGUCACAUAGCAAUCUAUGAUGCUAUCAUGAAAGCUGAUGUCAAGUACAAUGCCAUGAAUGAUUUUACCCGAGAGAUCCUCACUCCCGUUUCUGGAAAUUUGAAUGGUGAUACCGUCAUUCGGUCAUAUCUCGAUAUUCGAUUCACGUUUGACAAGGGAUGGUACUCGAAUACAAAUUGGUUGAUGUCUUCGAGCUACCAUGGCCUCCACUGGGCAAUGGACGAUAAUAAUUGCGAUAUCACUGAAGACCGGCGAGUGGAUGAGUCCGACUCGGACCCUGAGACAACACCUUUUGCGAUUAAAGACGAAGAGAUCUUACCAAUGCUCUACAAUCCACUUCCAGUCGACCUUCCAACUCUCAACAAAGACCUGCUGAUUCUAACUGCGGCAUUCUACGGUGAUGUCGAUCGAUACGCUCGGCUUCGACGACCCGAGGCGGUCCGGUCAGAGCUGGAUUGUUUGCUACGAGGGAUCUAUAACAACACCAUGUUUGCCACGUGGUGCUCACUCCAAAAGGACUCCACGUUCCAGUUCAAUGGCAUUAAGGCCGCUAUUCAUGCCCGCUUUAUCAUGAAUGGUGAUCUAUCGCGUAUCACCUCAGACACUCUUGACAACGAGCUGCCGUAUCUUAUCUGGUAUCCAUCCAUCCCACGAAAGUCGGUACUCCGAGAGCUGUUCCGGCGUCAACCGACGAUGAAACCCGCUAUUGCAAGAACUUGCAUCAUCGCCGACUACGAGGAUCUCUAUGACCUCCUUGAUGCAGAUCCCGAUACAGAAAUCAUAGAAGAUGCUCGCGAUAGCCGGAACCCCCACUAUAUCCAGGACUUGGAAGCUAAGAUUCCUCAACGUGGCUACAUACCUUUCCCGCGCGGGGUCACGUACGAGAUACCACGAAAACUGAAGAUGUUCGAACAUCCACCAUCACACCUGUGGAUAAACUCUGCAGAUUCGGGCCCAAACCUCGAAGAGGACGGUAUAUCCUACAAUGGUAGUAUCGCAAGCUUCAAGAACCUUCAGUUGGCAGUAUCAGCUCCAGACUCGCUCAAGCAACUCGUCGCAGAGACUCAUUGUGCGAUUGAGAUUGAUGAAUAUUAUGACUCCCUGAGACAUGAGAUACAGGUCCACGAACGCCUGGGCAACAAUGAAGGAAUCGUGUCGCCACCCUGCCCUUCUGAAUAUAGGACUGGGGUGGCCUUCGCGAAAGAAAACAAUCUUGAAUCUUAUCUCGCUACCAACCCGGAGGCAGAAGAGUCCUUCAAGAUAGAUUGGAUUCUCUCUCUCACCAAGACGUUCUCAUAUGUGCACUCUCGCAGAGUGUUUAUAAAUCAAAUCUACCUCAGCAACAUUUUGGUUAUCAAAGAUGAACUAAAGCUUACGAACUUUUCCGAGUCUAUCUUGUUGCCAUCAACGGCUCAUAUGGAUACCGUAUGCGAGGAUGAGAUGACUGCUAAGAUUGAGAUCCUUCAACUUGGUUGGAUCAUCUACUCCAUUGCUACUUGGCGGGUUCAUAAUUAUCGUUUCUUCAAUCGGCUUAAUACACCUUGGCCAACUCCUGAAUCGUUUCCUCCUACGGAUGAUCUUUUCUGUGGUCGCAUCGUCGGAAAGUGUUGGCGUGAAGAAUAUGACAGCAUGGAUGCUUUGAAUCAGGAGGCCCAUUCCUUAUUACAUAUUUUUAAGGAAUGCUAG